GCUCCAGUUCAGAUCAGCAGUCCUGUUCACACUGGAGUCAGUGAUGAUGCAGGAAAUGGAGUGAAUGUUCUCUCUGAUGUACAGAAGAGUCCACCGUAUCAACUGAACACACUGAGCAAUGGCUCAGUUGUGAGUGUUGCCAAUGCCACCUUGUGGACCACAAAUUCUGGCAAAUAAUCCCAUGCGCAUUCUGCACGUUCAAAGACGCGUGGUUAGAAAAAUCGGGCAUGCAAAUUUGAUAUGGAGUGAACGCAGAGCAGGUGGGAAGCGGGGAAUGGAAAACUCAAGUGAUGAUGGGGGACAGUUUACAGCAGGACUACACAAAUAUGCCUGUGAUCUCACACUGGAUCCAAACACAGCAAACAAUUAUCUCUCUUUGUCUGAGGAGAACAGGAAGGUCACAUAUGUGAUAAAGGAGCAGUCAUAUCCUGAUCAUCCAGACAGAUUUGAUUACCAUCCUCAGGUUCUGUGUAGAGAGAGUCUGACUGGACGCUGUUACUGGGAGGCUGAAUGGAGCGGGUGGGGUGAUAUAGUGGUGUCAUAUAAAGGAAUCAGAAGGAAAGGAGACAGUGUUCAUUGUAGGUUUGGACUCAAUGAAAAGUCAUGGAGUCUAAUCCGUUUAGAUCACAGAUUGAUUGUUUGUCAUAAUGAGAAAACGUUUAUAUCGGUCACUUCACCCACGUCUAAGAGAGCUGGAGUGUAUCUGGACUGGUCGGCCGGCACUCUGUCCUUCUACAGCGUCUCUGACACACACACACUCACACACUUACACACAUUCAACACCACAUUCACUGAACCACUCUAUGCAGGAUUUGGGUUUGAUUAUUUUGGUUCUUCUGACUCCUCAAUCUCUCUGUGUCAAAUUGAUAGACACAGUAGAGGUCUGCAUGGGCCUUAAAGGGACAGUUCACCCAAAAAUGGAAAUUCUCUCAUCAUUUACUCACCCUCAUGCCAUCCCAGAUGUGUAUGACUUUCUUUCUUCUGCAGAACACAAAUGAAGA